GGGGGAUGACUGGAAGGAUCCAGAGAGAGCGCCACCAUAUGCAGGGAGGAAGACCUCUGGCCGAGAGGGGACAAUGAUUCCUAGCGUUUUCCCCUCAGUGGAAGGGGGAAAAUGGAGAACUUUUGGGUGGCGCUUGGAGUGGUGGGAAAAGGAAAAAGGAGAAAACUGCAAAGCUCUCAGAUUAAAAAAAGGGGGGGGGGGAGUGAUAAUUGCAAGAGACCAGAGGGGCGGGGGCAGGCUCGUGAAGGGAAUGGAAGGCGUUGAGAACGCGGCCAGGACGGAGUGUGGGGGGAACUCCGGGAGGACGCAGCCCUGAGACCUCGGGGGCCCGUUUUCCAUGAGCUCGAGCUGUCCUUUCGGGAGAGAAGCUGGGAUUCUCUCUCCGCCUUGGGGUGGCAUUGCUCCUCGCUGCUCCUGUGAGCCCUGCGCCUUGAUGGACUUGAAGGGCGCAGGAGCUCAGAGGGAAGACAGAGGGCUCCCCUUCUUCAGCCCUUCAGCCCCCCGUCUGGCCCCAGAGCCCCGGUCCCAGGUGUUUGGGAUUGAGGACGGGAGCCAUGGAGUGAGACCAGUUCCUGCUGGGGCUCCGUCCGGGUUGGCCCGGUGGCUGUUUAAAGCCGGGGCAGGGGUCGAGGGGGGGCGGUAGGGGACGUGCCAGCCCGCUGAAAGCCAUGCCUUUUUCUUCUCGAGGGGCCUCCCUGGAGCCCUCUCUGUGCCCGAAGCUCUGCCUUGAACAGGGAGAGGAUGACCCGCCCGGACCCAGCAGGUGCCUGCCAGCAAAGGCAGUGCCCGACGCGGGCUUCCGAUGUACCCAUUAUCGCUAGCUUGGCAGGUUGUCUUAAAGAGAUCAGCCCUCCUACCUGGGUCUUCUUCAUGUCCUGCCCGAGGGCAUUUGGCUUCCCUUCUCCUUUCCCGUGCACACCCCCACCGUCACCCCCCUUCCCAGGACCCUCGGGGAGGACAGCUGCUGGGGACAGCUCAGUCUCUGCCAGGGGAGCAGGGUUGGGGAGGUGGCAGGAGGAGGAAACCCUUCCUCCCCACCCCCACUCCCUCAAUCUACAGCGGACACAUACCUUUCUGAUUAAGUUCCUAGCUUUGGCAGCAGACCAGGCCCAGCUGUUAAAGGAACGCCCCAGGCCUGUGAGGGGCCCGUGGUGACCCCAUUGACAACAGCUCAGUUUGACCAGAGCUUCCGACGAGGGGUGAACCAUCCAUGGUAAUAUGGAGGUCCCCGUCCUGGACCCCACCCCAUCUUGGAUAGGGGAGCUAAUCCACUCUGAAAGCCUAAAAGCCGUUCUGCUUGGAAGUACCCAUGCCAGCUUUCAAUGCACCGUCUGGGGCUGGCUGGGCUAUUAAUAGCUCUGAGUAUUUUGAGAUCCCUCUCCCCAUCUUAAAGAGCACAGAGAUUCUUAGAGAGGCGGCAGUAAGCAGAGCAGAGCCGGAGGUACCAGAGAACCCAUCAGCCUGGGAAGGGGGCUUGGAGCCUGUGCCAGGCCACGGAGAGGGUGGAGCCUCCGUAGCAGAGGCAGCAGGCCGUGCCGGGGGGGCAUGUUGCUGUAACCAGUGGCCCAGGGGAUGUUACGGUGGACAGUGCACCUGGAGGGCGGGCCCCGCAGGGUGAACCAUGCUGCAGUGGCUGUUGGGCACCGGGUAUUCUCCUUCGGGGGCUACUGCUCUGGUGAAGACUACGAGACACUGCGUCAGAUUGAUGUGCACAUUUUCAAUGCAGUGUCCUUGCGCUGGACAAAGCUGCCCCCGGUGAGACCCACCAUCCGAGGGCAGCCUCCUGUGGUACCAUACAUGCGGUAUGGACACUCAACCGUCCUCAUCGAUGACACGGUCUUCCUUUGGGGCGGGCGGAAUGACACGGAAGGGGCCUGCAAUGUGCUCUACGCCUUUGACGUCAAUACGCACAAGUGGUCCACACCCCGAGUGUUAGGAACAAUUCCUGGGGCUCGGGACGGACAUUCGGCUUGUGUCUUGGGCAAGACCAUGUACAUUUUCGGGGGCUACGAGCAACUGGCGGACUGCUUUUCCAAUGACAUUCACAAGCUGGAUACCAGCACCAUGACAUGGACCCUUAUCUGUACAAAGGGCAAUCCUGCGCGCUGGAGGGACUUCCACUCAGCCACAAUGCUGGGCAGUCGCAUGUAUGUCUUUGGGGGUCGCGCUGACCGAUUUGGGCCGUUCCAUUCCAACAAUGAGAUUUACUGCAACCGCAUCCGAGUCUUUGACACCAGGACGGAGGCCUGGCUGGACUGUCCAACCACUCCGGUGCUGCCCGAGGGGCGCCGGAGCCACUCAGCCUUUGGCUACAAUGGGGAGCUGUACAUUUUUGGUGGCUAUAAUGCAAGGCUGAACCGGCACUUCCAUGACCUGUGGAAAUUUAACCCUGUGUCCUUUACCUGGAAAAAGAUUGAACCGAAGGGAAAGGGGCCAUGUCCACGCCGGCGCCAGUGCUGCUGUAUUGUUGGUGACAAAAUUGUCCUCUUUGGGGGUACCAGUCCAUCUCCUGAGGAAGGCCUGGGAGAUGAGUUUGACCUCAUAGAUCAUUCUGACUUACACAUUUUGGACUUUAGCCCUAGUCUGAAGACCCUGUGCAAACUGGCUGUCAUUCAGUAUAACCUGGACCAGUCCUGUUUGCCCCAUGACAUCAGGUGGGAGCUGAAUGCCAUGACCACCAACAGCAAUAUCAGUCGCCCCAUCGUCUCCUCCCAUGGGUAGAAGGAAGUUUUUGCCGCCAUCCCUCCUGAGCCUGCUGUAGUCUUCACUUCCCCUGCCUGUCUCACCCGCCUGCCCCUUUGGACCCUGGUAUACCUCCACAUGGAGUUGUUGGACUAGAGGUGUUUUUUGUGCUGUGAACUCAGUGGGGAGCUGUGGGGGGAGGGCUAGGUUCCCCCCCUCCUUGGGCCGAGGGCCCCUUCCCUUGGUGCUCUGUCCCAUCCACCUUCUUCCAACUGCUCCUGGACUCUGCUCUGUCCCAGGCCAGCGGGGCUCUGAGAAGUGAAGGGAAUGGGGAGAAUGGAGAAGGGAGAAGCAAGCCGUGUCUGGUCCUCAGAAGCUCCCCUCCCGCUCUGUUUCACCCCCGCCCCCGCUUGAGCCAUGAGCAUUGAUUGGGAGCGAGAGAAGUUCGCCCCCUGAAUGGGCAUGAAACCUCCUUCGCC